AUGUCAAUUAAUCGUGGUGAAAUAGUAGGAAGAAUUUUAAUUGGUUUAGGUGUUAUUAUUAGUUCAACAAUAUUAAUAAUAACAGUUUAUUUAUUAUAUCGUUAUAAAAAAGAAUCAUUUAAUAUAAAUAAAUAUAUAAAUUAUUCAAAUAAUCAUCGAACAAAUAAACAAGAAGAUAAAUUAAUUAAUAUAAAUAAUGAAAAAAGAUCGAUUUCUAUUCUAAAAACACCUAUUUUUAUUGAAGAACUUAUGAGAAAAAGUCUCGAAUUAGCUAUAACUGCUGAAAAAAUUGCAGAUGAUAAACAAAAAAGAAUUUCUCUUAAAGAUAAUAUUCAUCUUUAUUUCGAAGAAUAA